CUCGUCUCGUGCUGAAGUUUUGAGGGAGAGUUGAGUUCACUCUCUCUCUUUAUCCUCCUCUAUUCUCUCUCUCCUCCGCUCCUCCAGUCAGGAUUCAGGGCAGGAACUGUGAACAUGCUGCCCGAGGCUUCCUGCAGGACUCUGGGCGACGAGGGAGCUGAUCUGUCUUCAGCAGAGAAGCUGAAAACUGCAACUUUUACUGUAUAAUAAAUCAUUUCAGCAGGAAAAAAACACUAAAAACUGAACUUUUCUGAGCAGCUGAGCACUGGUGAGAAAAGUCAGGAGGGGGGAAAAGUCUGCAGUUUCUGAUCUGAAGCAGUAAUGUACCCCGAUGCACUGGAAGCUGCAGGCCGGAUUGAGGGCCUGCCACUGUCCUGCCCAGAGACCCUGACAGUCCCGGAGGAGGAGGAGGAGGCGGAUCUCGGCCCGGAGGCCAAAAGGAGAUGCAGAUACCGACCCAGUCUGCAGUUACUGAAGCCUUUCAGAAUCACAAACAAACAUCAGCACCCCGUGGACAAUGCUGGUCUUUUCUCCUUCAUGACUCUGCAGUGGCUCUCUCCUCUGGCCUGGAAAGCACACAAAGCGUCCAGUCUCAGCCUGGAGGACGUGUGGGGUCUGUCCUGCCACGAAGCCUCCGACACCAACUGCCACAGGCUGGAGGCCCUCUGGCAUGAGGAGCUGAAAAGGAAGGGCAAGGAUGGAGCAUCUCUCGCCCGAGUUUUGUGGAGGUUCUGUCAGACCCGAACGCUGGUAGCAGUAUUUUGUCUUCUCAUCACAAUGGUGACAGGAUUCAUUGGACCUGCUCUGCUGGUCCGGGCACUGUUGGAGUAUUCUCAGAGCUCUGAGGUAUGGCUGCUCUAUGGCCUGGCUCUGGUUGUUGGUAUAUUUUUCAUGGAACUGGCCCGCUCCUGGUCUCUGGCCCUCAUGUGGGCCGUGAACUACCGGACUGCAACCCGCCUGCGGGGGGCGGCACUCACAUUCGCCUUCCAGAAAAUCUUGCAGCUGCGCAGCACUAAAGACAUCAGCACAGGGGAGCUGGUAAACAUUUGCUCCAGUGAUGGCCAGCGGCUCUAUGAGGCUGUGAACGUGGGCUGUCUGCUAGCUGGAGGACCCUUGGUGGGGCUUCUCGGCCUGUCCUACACCACCUACUUCCUGGGACCAACAGCGCUUGUUGGGUCGGCCAUCUUUAUCAUCUUCUAUCCGGCCAUGAUGCUGGCCUCCCGCCUCACGGCCUACUUCAGGAGGAAGUGUGUGGUGAUCACAGACCGGCGCGUCAGGUUGAUGAAUGAGAUCCUCAGCUGCAUUAAGUUCAUUAAGAUGUACUGCUGGGAAUCAGCUUUUGCCAGCAACAUCCACAAGGUGAGAUCAGAGGAGAGGAGGAUAUUGGAGCGGGCUGGGUUUGUGCAGAGUCUAACCGUUGGCGUAGCUCCAGUGGUGGUGGUGAUUGCGAGUGUGUGUACGUUCACGCUGCACAUGGCCCUGGGCAACGAUCUCAAUGCAGCACAGGCCUUCACUGUCGUGGCUGUCUUCAACUCCAUGACUUUUGCCCUAAAGGUCACACCCUUGGCAGUGCGUUCCUUAUCUGAAGGCGCAGUAGCUGUCAAACGAUUUCAGAGGCUGUUCAUGAUGGAGGACCGGGAGUCCAUCACUGUGAAAAUGGAGGAUCCUGAAAAUGCGGUGGAGUUCCGGGACGCCACACUGGCCUGGGAGAAGGCUCGUCCCCCGCAGAGCAAAGGGGCCCGCUCUCUGACGAGCCAGAAAAGAGGCGGGAUGCGGAGAGUGCUGCGCAGGGAGAAGCUCAGCCUGUAUAUCAGCUCAGAGGAGGAGAAGAACAAAGGAGAAAGCCCCAACGCUCAGCACCUUCUCACACACAUGGAGCAGGAGAGCCCCCAGAGCACCAUCUCCUCCACCCAGAGCAUCCGUCCCCUACUGCACAAAACCCUGCACCGCAUCCACCUGCACAUCCGCAAGGGUGCUCUGGUCGGGGUGUGUGGAUCUGUGGGCAGUGGAAAAAGCUCCCUGCUGUCUGCUCUUCUGGGACAGAUGACCAUGCUGGCUGGAGCAGUUGCUGCAGAUGGGGGUUUUGCCUACGCAGCCCAGCAGGCCUGGAUUCUCAACAGCUCCCUGAGGGAGAACAUCCUGUUUGGAAGAGAAUACAUUGAGGAAAAGUAUAACGCUGUUCUGGAGGCCUGCUGCUUAAUUCCUGAUAUUACAGAGCUACCUUACGGUGACAUGACUGAGAUUGGGGAACGGGGAGCCAAUCUGAGUGGAGGUCAGAGGCAGCGGGUCAGUCUAGCCCGCGCUCUCUACAGCGACAGGCCCAUCCUGCUGCUGGACGACCCUCUCAGUGCCGUGGACGCUCAAGUUGGGGCUCAUCUCUUCCACAACGCCAUCCGCAGGGCUGCCGGUGGGAAAACGGUCAUCUUCGUGACACACCAACUGCAAUACCUGUCGGAGUGUGAUAAGGUGGUGUUGAUGAAGGAUGGACAGAUUGCAGAGCAUGGCACCCACGCCCAUCUGAUGAGUAAAGGCCGAGACUACGCCACACUCUUUACCAGCGUCCAGCAGGAGAAUCUGGUGAGAAAGAACUUGAGAAAGCGACAAGGAGGAGAGGAUGAGCACUCUGGGCCGUGUGUUGGUGUCGUCAGUGCAGCAGGCAGGCAGCCUGUGGGCAGCGAGAGAGGAGCCCAGCUCAUGCAGGCUGAAGAGAAGGGGUCCGGGGCGGUGGCCUGGGCCGUCUACGCCGCUUACAUCAAGGCUGCAGGAGGGCCACUGGCCUUCACCGUCAACAUCCUGCUCUUCCUCCUCACCACAGGCAGCAUAGCCUUCAGUAACUGGUGGCUCAGCCACUGGAUCAAGCAGGGCAGCGGGAAUGUGACGGUGUUGCAGGGGAAUGAGAGCAUGGUGAGCAGCAGCAUGAGACUGAACCCCCACCUGCAGCACUACUCCAGGGUCUAUGCUAUCUCCAUGGGGGCCGUGCUCUUCCUCAAGACUGUGAGAGGCGUUGUGUUUGUUAAGUGUACUCUGCGGGCGGCCUCGGCUCUGCACGAUAAGCUGUUUAAGGCUCUCCUCCUCAGCCCGAUGCGCUUCUUUGACACGACUCCACUGGGGCGCAUCCUCAACCGUUUCUCCAGGGAUAUGGAUGAAGUGGAUGUGCGAUUGGUGACACAGGCCGAGAUGCUGAUGCAGAACCUGACCCUGGUGCUCUUCUGUCUCGGAGUGGUCAGCACUGUUUUCCCUUGGUUCCUCUUCUCCAUCAUCCCUAUUGGUGUCUUCCUUUUCGUUGUCAAUCGCAUCUCCAGGGUUCUGAUUCGUGAGCUGAAAAGGCUGGAGAACAUCAGCCAAUCACCUUUCACCUCGCACAUCACCAGCAGCCUGCAGGGCCUGUCCACCAUCCACGCCUACGGCCGCGGAGCCGACUUCCUGCACAGAUAUCAGGAUCUGCUGGACAGUAACCAGGCUUCCCACUACUUGUUCAGCUGUGCUAUGCGCUGGCUGGCAGUGCGUUUAGACCUCAUCAGCAUCUCACUCAUCACCACAGUAGCCCUGCUUAUUGUCUUCAUGCACGGCCACAUCCCUCCAGCCUACGCCGGCCUGGCCAUCUCCUAUGCUGUUCAGCUGACUGGCCUGUUUCAGUUCACCGUGAGGCUUUUGUCUGAAACAGAGGCGCGGUUUACAUCGGUGGAACGGAUCAAUCAUUACAUAAAGAAUCUGGAGACAGAAGCCCCUCGGCAGAUCAGCGCCCCCCCCGCCCCUGCUCCUGACUGGCCACAGCAGGGCAACAUCAGCUUCCAGGAUGUAGAGAUGCGCUACAGACCUGAACUCCCUCUGGUCCUGAAGAACUUGAGCUUCAGCAUCCUCCCAGACGAGACGGUGGGCAUCGUUGGGCGAACCGGCUCAGGAAAGUCUUCUCUGGGCGUAGCGCUGUUCAGACUGGUGGAGCUCAGCAGGGGAUCCAUCAUCAUCGACGGUGUCAACAUCGCUCAUGUAGGGCUGGAAGCCUUGAGAAGCAAGCUGUCAGUCAUCCCCCAAGAGCCUGUUCUCUUCAUUGGCACUGUCAGGUCCAACCUGGACCCAUGGGGUCAGUACACAGACGCGCAGGUCUGGGAGGCUCUGGAGAAAACACACAUCAAAGACAUGAUAAGUCAGCUACCUCACUCUCUGGACUCUGAGGUGACGGAGAACGGAGAGAAUUUCUCGGUGGGAGAGAGACAGCUGCUCUGUGUGGCCAGAGCGCUGCUCAGACACAGCAAGAUUUUGCUGUUAGAUGAGGCAACAGCUGCCAUCGACACAGAGACCGACCGGCUUCUACAGGAGACCAUCCGCUCCUCUUUUAAAGGAUGCACCACGCUGGUCAUUGCCCACCGCCUCAACACUGUGCUCAGCUGUGACCGAGUCUUAGUUCUGGACCAAGGCCAGCUUUUGGAGUUUGAUAGUCCAUCAAACCUGCUGGCCAAUGAGAACUCUCGUUUCUUUGCCAUGAUGGAAGCUGCCAACAGAACGCUCAGUCAUUCAGAGAGGAGCUGAGGAGCUGCUGACUGGACCAGAUCUGCACAAAUCAGCACGAAACACACUAUCAAUGACCUACAGAGCAGGACUGAUCUUGAACUUCUGAAACCUGCUGAGAAUUUACCUAAUUCACAAUAGACAUGUUCUUUCUCAUCAAGCUGCUGGACAAAACUGUUUAUGUUGAAUAUCAGACCCGUGAUAGUGUUUCUGUUAAGAAACAGGCUGGAGAGAAUCUUCAGAAUCAGAAUCAACCUAGCACUGUCCAUCUUAGAGGAAAUUAUCAUUUUUUAUAACUUUAGCUGGUGCCUACUGCAUUCUUAGCAAUGCAUAUAGAAAUAAAAGCUGAUUGACUAUGGUAAUCGACUGAAUGCAACAGAUGCAGCAAAUUUAUAGAGAUUAAAAGGUUAAAAAUGCUGUGAAUUUCUUAUAGCUUAGUGGAGCUAUAAGCUUAAGAUGAAGGGCUUUGAAAUGAACUGUUCAGUUUAAUGACAGCAGGUUUAACUAUGCUUUUUAGGGCUACUUCUUAACCCGGUUUAAAAAACAACCAUCCCUCUUAAAGUAGGUCAAAUGACGACCGUAUACCAGAGUUCUGGAUUAGCACAUGGUCAUGUUGUUCAUAGAGGUGGUCCCUGGGGGUGGGAGGCCUGUUGAGAGGAAAGAUCACAUUAUUGGCACUUUUUUUUGUGAAGUUUGUGGGCGUGUGAAAGAUAAUGAUGAGUUUGAUUAUGAGAGUUCAGUUAUUUGUAUUAGUGUGUAUAGUUUGGGGAGGGGGGUUACAUGAGAGUUUGGGUGGGGCGGGGGGUAUUUUCUCUACUUGAUACAGGUGGAGGUACACUUUGCACACUUUGAGAUAUGGAGUAUUGUAUCCAAUGUUUGGUUUGGACAGUAUUUAUUAGUGGCCUUAUUUAAGAGUGAGAGAUAAUAGAGUAUAUGGGAGACUUGCAAUAAACACAAGGUGCUUAAUUUGCUUUAUAUUCCUCAAGAAUGCACAAAUCUAAUCACAGUCUACUAUUCUCAUGUUGAGAUAGUUGUAAGAAUAUUAUAAUAUUAACUAUUUUAAAUAUAUAUAUAUUUUUUUUAUAAUAUACUUCCACAACAUAAAGAUAUAAUGCUUGAAGGAUUUUGGUGUUAAACAAUGGUAAGCAAACCACAGGUGUUGCUAAAGUUGCUAUUUUGCAACUUUUUAAAAGUUUUUGUUCAGAUAGCAACAAUAUGCAGUUUUCAUAUGAAUAAAAUAUUAAAAAAACAAAAACAUAUAGAAAUAACUUUAUAUGAUCUUGUGAUAUUCUUACAGCCUUCUCAAAUAGGAAAAUACUAGAUUUUUUGAAUAGAUUAAAGAAGAUUUUAAAUGCCAAGGCAUCAUUUUGUUUUCGUUAUAAAUAAUACACAGGCCAGUCGGUCAGUGUUGUGUAUCACUUCAAUUUUCUGACCAUUUGAGAUUAAUUACUUUAGUUUUCAUCAUAUAUAUAUUUUUUAAGUUUUUAUAUUUAUGAUCCUCUCAAUCUGAAUUUCAGAAACAACUACUCUUUAAUCGAGUUUCUAUUUUUGCAUAUUGUAAUAAUAAAUUGUAACGUAGCUUGAAUUAUACCAUUAGAUUUUUGCAAAAAAAAAAAAAAAAAAGGCUCUAUGUAGACAGGAAUAGUUUCUCAAGGAGUCCUGGGAUGGUUUUCUCUUUUAUGGGGAGUGCUCUGUGAUUUUAUUAUUUCCAUCCGGAUUGACCAUGUAUGUGUUUUUCUCAGUCCUCCUCAGAGAAAAUUACAGGCUGACUUAUCUACUGUUUUUUUACUGAACUCUGUGGUCCUCCGGUAAUUUUAUUCCUGUCUGGACGGACAUCUCUAAGUUUCGUCUCCUCACAUUAAAUAAAAUAGUUAAUUUUCCACUGUCUCGCACUGUAAUUACACUUUGGGCAUGCGUUACCACGGAGAUCCGUGUAAAAAUGGAGGAGCUACUGAACACGAUAUCAUGUGUUCGAGAAAGCCAAAAAACUCACUGGUCCUCCUGUUUUUUCUACUUAAGUCCAGAUGCAAGAGUUUUAUCCCUGAGUAGAAGUUUGAAAUCAUUUUCACAGACGUCCCUCUGAGAAACUAUUCUUAGGAUUAGGAUUAUCAUGAUAAUUUGUUUUUUUUAUUUUAAUUCAAAUUGUCAUUGGCAAAAAGAAAAAUCUUAAAAUUUUGGAUAAUUGAUAAAAAAAACAAUUACUUUUUUACUAUACUAAAUGGAAAAAUAAAUAAGGUUUAUAUGCUGUUUUCAAAUUUAGCCUCAAAUGGUCAAAAAAUUGAACAGAUGCAGCAAAAGCUACACUGACCCCAUUGAGUCUCAUUCCAUUGAAGUCAAGCACAACACUAGACAAUCAUGUAUGUUCUGUUGGUUUAUGUUCUGUUCUGUUCUAUGUUGUGCCUCUACUGUCUGUUAAAAGGUUCUGUGCAAUCCGAGUUUAUGUCAGUGAUUAAGGCCUGCUGCAGUCCUGGGUCUUGCUUUAGCUGAAUCACGGCUGGAACUGUUUCUAACGUCACAAUGUUCUGAAAUGUUUGACGUUUUUUGUCGGCUCUGAGCUGCCACUGUCCUCACGUUGGGUUUCUAAAUAGAGGGGCUUAAAUGGCGUGAUCCUCUUAAUUGAGGAUAAGGAAAGUCUAUAGAGGCUUUCAGGAGAAUUCAGCUGUUAGAAAUUCUAAUGAAUCCUGUUAUAUAUAGAAAAGGCCUGCCUCAGCUUUUCCACGUCAUCUGUGACAGAGUGAUGGAGACACUUAAUUAUAAAAAAGUUACUUUUUGAGAAGGAUCGGUACAUGAAUGUAUUUUAAAAUGUCAAAGCUACAUCUUCUUCUUCCUCUUUGAAGUCUUUUAUGUUGAUUAUGUUUGUGUUGUACUACAAUAUGCAAUAAGUUGAGUAAAUAUACUGUAAGAGGACAUAUUCCUCUAAUCUGCUCUGCUGAGUUAAAAAAACAAAGUCCUCUGGAAGAAGCCUUGAAUCAAGCUAUGCAUGUUUGAAGUUAAAAUAAAGAGCUGUUUGUAUUAUUAAUGUUAUUUAGACCUGUUUCUCUGUUGGGCAUAGACAGAAGCUUGCCUUGUUAAUGACCUGAGAUUGUAUUAUUUUGCUGUUCAAAAAGUUUUUUUAUUUACUUGUAAUAAAAAUGCUUUAUUGAUUAAAGUUAUUUUUAUACAUGAAA